GAGGUGGAAAGCUUCAGCAACCCCACCACUAUUUUCCCCAGCUUAUCCCAACCCAGCCCCCAGAACCCUAGUUUCCCAGAAUCAGUCACCAUCGAUCCAUCAACUCCGUACAAUUACGAUCCCCUGCGAAUCGUCUGAGCUUCUUCCCUUGAAUUCUGCGCGCCAUGGCGAAGAAGCAGAAGCGGACGAAGAAGUUCGUGCGCAAGCAUCUCACCAAGGAGAUCGAGAAGCGCCGCCGCUUCAAGGCCAUCAAGCAGCAGCGCGCCAAGCGCAGCAGCGGCGGCGGUGGUAUUCCCGAGGAUGAAGCCGAGGCUCAGAAGGCCGAAGCCCUCGGGAUCGCCAAGCUGCCGCUACAGCAGCCGACGAAAGAAAAGAAGCGGCUGGAGGACCUGGGCGUGGACGAGCUGCUGGGAAUGGACGACUUCGCGGGGCUAGCGGGUGAUGGCGAGGCGGGGGAGGGGGAGGAGGAGGAAGACGAGGAAGACGAGGAGGAGGAGGAGGAGGAGGAUGAGGAGGAAGAGGAAGACGAAGAGGAGGACGAGGAGGAAGACGAAGCGGAUGAGGUUGGGAAGGGAGAAGGAACGAAACGCGGUAAGGUAGUGGAGGAGGAGGAGGAGGAUGAGGAGGAUGAGGAGGAUGGGGGGGUGGACGAAGAUGCGGAGGUGGACGAGGACGCGUUGGAAGGGGAGGAAGGGUUCGAGGAAAUCUCCCUGGCGCGGAUCGGUAUGGCGGAAGACGACGAAGAGGACGAGGAGGAGGGGGAGGAGGGUGAAGAGGGAGGAGAGAAAGUGGGGGAAGAGAAGAAGGGGGAGAAGGGGGAGAAGGGAAAGGAAGCGAGGAAGAGGAGGAGCCAUCAGCAACAGCUGGAGGCGCUGAAGAAGAAGGAUCCUGCAUUCUACGAGUUUCUGGUGGAAACGGACCAAUCUCUGUUGGAAUUCAAGGAAGACGCAGAAGGUCAGGGGAAAAAAGGCAUAGGGAAAACUGCAGGAGGGGAGGAGGGUAAAGAAGGAGAAGAGGGCGACGAAAGGGAGGAGGAAGACGAGGAGGCGGAGGAUGAUGAUGGUGAGAAGAAAGCCGGAGGAGGAGGAGGGAAGGGCAAGUCAGGGGUGCUGCCGAUGCUGACGACGGAGAUGGUGGACCGUUGGAUCGAGGCGGCGAUGGACGGUAAGUCGCAGGGCGCGAUGAAGAAGCUCAUGCAGGCGUUCCACUCGGCGUGCCACGACGCUGAGAGCUUCACCGGCGUGGUGCGCCGGGGGAAAGGCAAGGGCGCAGGCGCAGGCGGUGGGGGAGGGAAGAAGAAGGGAGGGAAGGGUGGAGGAGGGGAGGAGGAUGAGGACGAGGAGGACGAGGGGGGGGAGGAGGGCGAGGAGGGCUUUGGGCUGACUGCAAACGGCAAGAUGAAGCACAAGGAGCGCAAGCCGCAGUACCGGCUGGCCAGCGGAAACGUCUUCAACCGCGUGAUCCUCUUCGCGUUUAAAGAGACGGACAGGAUCGUCCGGAUCCUGCUCAGCGACGUAUCCGACGGCAAGGGGCGGCAGGACGGGCAGGGGGGCACCAAGAUGGGGAAGCGCAAGCUGAGGGAGCUGCAGCGGAAGCAGAAGAAAGGGCGGAGCGAGGCGGACGCGUGGGGGCGGGGCAGCGCGGGGGUGGACUCGAUGGUGAAGGACUGGGAGGCGAGCCCCCGGUGGUCCAAGGUCAGCCAGAUCGUUCGCAACUACCUCUCCACCGCCGUGCACCUGCUCUCUACCAUGACCGACGCCCGCCUGCUCACCUUCGCGCUGCGCUGCCUGAAACCCUCCAUGCCGCUGCUCGCUAGCUUCCCCAUCAUCGGCAAGAAGCUCGUGCGCAUCGCCAUCCACCUCUGGGGGUCCGGGGAGGGCUCGCUCCCGCUCGCUGCGCUGGUGGUCCUCCGGGAGAUCGCGCUGUUCCUGCCGUCGGACUGGGUCGAGGCGAUCGUGCGGCAGGCAUACCGGGAGUUUGCGGCGCAGUGCAAGUUCGUGUCGCCGUCCUCGCUGCCCAGGAUCGCGUUUCUGUGCGCCGGAGUGGCGGAGCUCGCGCUCACGGACCCCGCGGCUGUCUACCCGCACGCUUUUGUGUCGAUCCGACAGCUGGCGUUGCUGCUGAGGGGAGCCCUGAGCAUGAAGACCAAGGACGCAUAUCUCAAGGUGUACUGCUGGCAGUACAUAAACUGCCUGCACCUCUGGACGCGUGUGCUCUGCGUGCAGGCAGCCGCGCACCAGCACCCGCACCACUCCCCCUCUUCCCCCUCCACCUCCGCCUCUGCGUCUGCGUCUGCGGUGGUUGUGGCGUCUGCCGCUAGUCCCAUGGAUGCAGCAUCGCACGGCAGUCGCUCCCCGCUGUUGGCCCUCGUGUACCCCUUGGCACAGAUCAUCUCGGGCGUGGCUCGCCUCGUGCCCACGGCACGCUACCUGCCUCUGAGGUUCCAGUGCACGCGCAUGCUGUCUCUGCUGUCGUCGGCUACUGGGCACUACAUCCCGGUGGCGCCGGUGCUGGUGGACGUGCUGCAGAUCAAGGAGCUGCACCAUGCUCCCUCAGGGGCCACUGUUCAGAGCAUCAACCUCGCGACUUCGCUCAAGGUGCCCAAGCAGGUGGUGCGCUCGCGCACCUUCCAGGAGGCGGUGGUGGAGGAGACUGUUCUGCAGCUGGCGCUGUUCGCGUCGCAGUGGUCCUUCUCCAUCUCAUUCCCUGAGCUGCUGCUGCUGCCGCUCACCCAUCUGCGCGCCUUCCACAAGCACUGCCGCGUCGACCGAUUCAGGCGCCAGAUUAAGGGGCUGAUUGACCAGAUGGAGCGCAAUGCGGAGGUGGUGGAGAGGGCCAGGGACAAGGUGGCAUACGGGCCCAGAGACAUUGCGCAGGCUGCCUCCUUCCUCCAGGAGGAGCGGGCCAAGGGCAGCAACGCGUUGGUCCGGUAUGCGAGUGAGAUGCAGCGCCAGGUGGAGACCAAGCGCCAGAAGCUCGAACCCGCAGAGUUGGUGUUCAAAGAGGAAGAGGACACAGGCAAGGGAGGAAAGCGUGAUGCUGCAAGUGACGACGAUGAUGAUGAUGACGACGACUUUGGGAGUGACGAGGAGGGUGUGGAUGGGGAGGGGAGUGAGGGAGAGGAGGGAGACAUGGGCGAGGAGGGAGAAGGGGGAGCGGAGGGAGAGGAGGAGCAGGGACGGGCAAAGGCUUCCAAGAAGCGGCCCAGGGAAACUGGUGCUGGGGGGGGCAAGAAGACCAAGGCAGGCAAGGCUGCUAAUGGGGCUGCUUAUGACGAGGACAUGGAUGAGGAUGUGGUGAAGGACUUUGAGCUGUCGGACAGUGAGAGUGAGGGGGAGAUGGGGGGAGGGGAGGAGGAUGAUGAUGGGGAGAUGGGUGAUGACAAUGGGGAGGGCUUUAGUGAUGAGGAGGAAGAGGAGGAGGAGGAUGAGGACGAGGAUGAUGGGGAGAUGGAUGGUGAUGGGGAUGAUGAUGAUGAUGAUGGGGAUCUUGAUGCCAUGGGUUUCGGUGCAGGCGGCCGAGGUUUGAUGGUGAUGGGGGGGAAGGGGGAGGCGGAAGGGGCGGAUGGGGAGGCGGAGGGGGACGGGGAGGGCGAGGUGGGGGAGGGGGGCGAGGAGGUGAAGGAUGGGGGGAAAGGGGGGGAGGACGCGGAGAGGGGGGGCGGGGAGGGGGAGGGCGGGGGGGACGUGGAAGAGGAGGAUGGGGAGGUGGGGGGCGAGGGGAGGCGAGAGGGGGAGGCAGGGGCAGAGGGGGGCGGGGCUUUGGGGGGAGGGGGGGACGAGGGCGCAGCGGUGGUCGUGGAGGCAGGGGGAGGGGAGGAAGGGGUGACUUUUGAGUUGAUGGAAGAGCCCCCUUGAGGUGUUUUCUUGGGGCUGUGCUGGGUGUUGCUUGGUAGGAUGCAGUUGAUAGUUUUGACACUUUCUGGCAUACUGGUACUAUGGUCUGGCUGAAUGGUGUGAAAUGUUCAUGGGUGUGGGUGGGAUAGGAUGGUUGGACCAUGGCUAUAACUAGGGACCAGCAGUAACUAGGUACCAUCCCAUCCCAUCCCAUGCUGUUCACUGGUACCAGCGAGCAGUGAGGAACUUUUGACGCAGUUUAGCAUUGGAAUCUCUCAAGCCUUCUUCUUUUGAUCGUCAACCACACUACAUGUCAUACUA